CAGUGGCUCGGCAGAACUGUACGUCACUCUCCCAUGCUCAGUGGAUUUAGGCCCAAAUGGAACUGCGGGUAAACCUUCAGCGGCUCGUCUAUCCCAACCUCACCUCACUCCUUCAUUCCUAUAGCAAUCCAAUACCUAUAAGUCUUCGCCAUGUCCAAAUACAAGGAUAUUAUGAAAAAUGGGUGGCAUCCUGAAAAGCCCGGCAGCAGCUUGAAAGGCCAAGUUAAAGGACUCGUUGGGAGAGGAAAGUCUGAAGAUGAGGACCGAGGUAGUCACGUUUCUGUUCCACUGUCCCAACUAAAGGACCCUUCAAGCUUUGCACCACCUCCCAAACGUACCGGUUCCGGUCUUCUUCCUCCACCUCCAAAGGCAGAGUCGGCACCUAGAAAGGUUAUCACCGCUCCUUCGAAGUACCAGGAUCCGAGAGCACCGGCCCCUCAAGAACCCGUAUAUGCCGAACCCGAGGAGGAAUAUGAAGAGCAACCCCAACCUCGCGGUCCUUAUCGUACAAAUACUACAGGGCUUUCAACAGAUAACCUACCGAAACCGCCCGGUCGCAGAGAUGGUGCUGACGGACGUUCGGGGCAGCCGCCUUCAUAUCAAUCGGCUAUGGCGGGUGUAGGAGGAGGAGGAAGAGCUGCACCUCCGAGCUUACCACCACGACUUCCCCCAAGGACCAAUUCUGGAAGCACAGUUGCGAGCUCUCCCGCUGCUAGUCCUGCGCCUACAGGCAACGGUCUAUUGAAUCAAGGAGCAGUCAAUCGUCUUGGUGCAGCAGGGAUAUCAGUUCCUGGCUUUGGUAUUGGUCGUUCCAGCCCGGCAGCCGAAGCAUCACCUAGUCCAACUCAACCUCCACGACCUGGUGUCGCUUCACCACCUCCAGCACCUGCAGCGUCACACAUGAGCGAACUGCAGAACCGAUUCUCGAAGCUUGGAACAUCGUCUAGCGCUAACGCAGCAGCACCUCCGCCACCUAGCGAAGGUACCACAUGGGCUCAGAAGCAAGCCGCCCUCAAGACUGCCUCGUCAUUCCAAAAGGAUCCUUCUUCGGUCUCUCUCUCCGAUGCCCGAGCUGCUGCCAGUACAGCUAACAACUUCCGCCAACGUCAUGGCGAACAAGUUGCUGCUGGAGCCAAAACAGCAAAUAACCUGAAUCAAAAGUAUGGACUUCUUGACAAGGCGCAGAAUUCAUAUUCUAGGUUCCAAGGCAACCAACCACAAACUCAAAACGAAGAUACUCCCUCUGCACCAGGAUCGCCCGGAUUGGCCAGCGUUGUUGGAAAGAAGAAGCCUCCUCCACCUCCGCCAAAGAAGAAGCCAGCUCUUAUGGGUGCUUCAGCUGCUCCCUCCAACGAUGAACCACCUCCCAUUCCUAUGGCAACUAGGCCACAAUUCUAAGUUACGAGAAUCCGUAUUAGACGCACAGCAUUGCCAGGCGCGCUUCUUGGGGAGUUUUUUUCUUGCUUUCUUUGCACGGAGAAUCGCUUUCAUCACUGCACAAAAGGGUCAAAAAUACAAAUUGGUUGGAACUCAUGACUUCUUUCUUUUUUGUUCAUCUCAUCGCAAUAUCUCGGGGAUAUACCAAGUGCCGAGAACGAGAUUCGUGUGGCUCGUAAUCUAAAUAACUGCUCGUCCGUCUGUCGUCACAAACAAGGCAGACCAAAAACAUCACCACGUCACUACCUCCACCUUAGACCUUCAUCUCGGUAAGACCGUGCUUCCAGACGGUGAUGUAGGGGGUGACACCAUCCUCACGGUAGUUGAGGAGGACAACCCUAUAGAUAAUUAGUCUCCUAAUGAACACAGACUCGGUAAUAAGGGGCAAACGUACAUUCCGUCGGGGUUCAUGGACUCGCCAGUAAGGAACUCGAAGUCCUUGAACUUGGCAAGGACGACGUUCUUGACAUAGUUCUGGGCACCCUUCUCGAAGGCAGUGAUCUCCUCGGCGGGAGCACCCUUCUCCUGGAGAGCAGCCUUGACAGCCUUCAUGUAACCUGGAAUUGGUGUUAACUUCUGGGUAUCGUGGAUCUCGAUGGGGUGGCUUCUAUGUACCCUUGAGGUAGGUGAGGUAGCUCUUCUUGUCGAAAGAGGUCUCCUGGAGACGGAAAGAGCUGACGAUGUUGUUGACCUUGACGACCUGGUCAUCGACAUCUUCGGCAGCCUCCUCGGCGGAAGCGUUGGCACCGAUAUCUGUGGAUUAUGGUGUUAGGGCAAAAUUGAACCUUGUUUUGCACGAGCCCUGGGGCUGUGAUGCUGGUCAUCACGUACCGACGUUAAGACCGCCCUCCUCGAUCAUGGCACAGUCGGCCUCGUAGACGAUGCCAUCGACCUCCUUGAGAUCGUAGGAGUCGGAGAUGAGCUCGUCACCAGUGAGGAUAUCCUAUUGUUGCGGGGUUCAGCGACAGAUCAUGCGAAUAAGACAAAACAAGAAUCGAGCGCGGGGUAAGAGUAGGCGGGGUACUGCUGAGGGUGAUGAGACGGUUUUAUUCUUGGUCGUACCUUGUAGAUAAGCAUUUUGACGGUUGAAGUCGAUUAGACCUUUGAGGAUGGGAUGGGAUGGAGAAGAAGAGAAAAUGAAGCUGAUGAGACUGGCAAAGAGGAGCAAAGCCAAAGGGAGAAACAGAGCCUGAUGAUAAUAAAAAUCUAGAGCCAGUGGCGGGGUAGUGGGGGCUCGAGUACAUUAGCGGCACGCAAACUGAAAAAGCUCACUGAAGAACGCCGUAAAAUUUUUCCGUGGCCGGUUCCUGUGAACCAAUAAAAUUCAUAGAGUGGGCCUCGAAAACACCAA